GUUUGUUUUGGGGUAAAAAAGAAAAUCAUAAGGAUGCUUUCAAUAUUUGUUUUGUUUUGGUUGAGUGAUUGCUGAAGCCAACUUAAAAGAGAGAGAAGAGAAGAGUGACUCUGUGUGUGUGUGCAAGAAAGUCUUCUCUUUCACACCUUUCGUUUUCUCGAACCUCUCCUUUAAAGAUGGUGGAGGAAUCUUGGGUUUGACAACUCAUUAACACUGACCCUCUUUUUAGCUCUACAAGCAUCCAAGGAACCCCUCUUACUUUUCCCUCUUCUUCAUUCCCUCUCUCUCUAUAUCUCCCAAUUCCUUCUCUUUUUUUAACCUUGAUCUUCUUCUUAUAAGAGACUCAGAGCUGUUCUUCAAGAUGGGAUUGUGUAAGCUUGAAACUUGACUAUCUGGGUCUCUCCCAUUUUCUGUUCUCUUUUGUAUUCUGAGUGAAAGUUUUGUUUUCUGGGGGAAAAAAUUAGGGUUCUUAGAUGGAGGAGAUAGAAGGAACAAACAGAGCAGCUGUUGAGAGUUGUCAUAGAGUUCUUAAUCUUUUACAUAGAUCACAGCAACAAGAUCAUGUUGGUUUUGAAAAGAAUUUAGUAUCUGAAACUAGAGAAGCUGUGAUUAGGUUCAAGAGAGUUGGGAGUUUGUUAAGCAGUAGUGUUGGUCAUGCUAGGUUUAGAAGAGCUAAGAAACUUCAGAGUCAUGUCUCUCAAAGUCUCUUACUUGAUCCAUGUCAACAAAGGACAACAGAAGUUCCAUCAUCAUCUUCUCAGAAAACACCGGUACUCCGGUCUGGUUUCCAGGAAUUGAGCUUGAGACAACCUUCAGAUUCACUCACUUUAGGGACUCGCUCUUUUAGUUUAAACUCAAAUGCUAAAGCUCCUCUCCUUCAGCUUAAUCAGCAGACAAUGCCUCCUUCGAAUUAUCCUACUUUGUUUCCAGUACAACAACAACAACAACAACAACAACAACAACAACAGCAGGAGCAGCAGCAGCAGCAGCAGCAGCAACAGCAACAGUUUCAUGAACGGUUACAAGCUCACCAUCUUCAUCAGCAACAGCAGCUACAGAAACAUCAAGCUGAGCUUAUGCUUAGGAAAUGCAAUGGUGGGAUAAGUUUGAGUUUCGAUAACUCUAGUUGUACUCCAACUAUGUCAUCCACUAGGUCCUUUGUUUCUUCACUUAGCAUAGAUGGUAGUGUUGCUAAUAUAGAGGGAAAGAACUCCUUCCAUUUUGGGGUUCCUAGUUCAACUGAUCAGAAUUCACUACAUUCUAAGAGGAAAUGCCCCUUGAAAGGAGAUGAACAUGGAAGCUUAAAAUGCGGGAGCUCUAGCCGAUGCCACUGCGCUAAGAAGAGGAAACAUCGGGUUAGGAGAUCGAUUAGAGUACCGGCUAUAAGUAACAAGGUUGCAGAUAUCCCUCCUGAUGAUUAUUCAUGGCGAAAAUAUGGUCAGAAGCCCAUCAAGGGCUCUCCUUAUCCCAGAGGAUAUUACAAAUGUAGUAGCAUGAGAGGUUGUCCAGCGAGGAAGCAUGUUGAGAGAUGUUUGGAAGAUCCGGCAAUGCUUAUUGUUACUUAUGAAGCAGAGCAUAACCACCCGAAAUUGCCAUCUCAAGCUAUAACAACUUAACUCUCGUUUAUCUUUGCGGUCCAGCAUAAACCUUCUCAUGUAUGUUGUUCUCUUUUGUGCGCGAUGAUCGGCUUUGGGGUUGCUGCAAUGUUGUGAUAUAUGGAUCGGGGUAAGUGCUUUUGUUGGGGUGGAUUUGCUUGUGAGAGUUUGCUGCAAUUGUUGGAUUUUGAGCUAUAUAUGGGGUAAAUGUAGGAUUGGUCAAGACUCUUUUUCUGUUUCUCAAGUUUAUUGGUCUUAAUGAUUAAAAGUUUAAUGGUUUGUUUCUGGCUAUGUAUCUUUUUUUUCUUCUCAAGUGGCUUUUUCUUUUAUGAUUGGUACUGUUAGAAUUUGGAGAUUGUUGCUAAGUAACUUAAUCAUUUAGCAAGGUAGCUUAAAUCUAAGAUGAUUAGGGAUAAAGAAUAUUGGAUUCUGUUCUGAGUUUAGAGAAUAUUGGAUUCUGUUCUGAGUUUAGAGAAUAUUGAAUUCAUGUAUCAAGCAUAAUGAAUGAAACUUAU